UGUGCUGCAGUGUGCUGUGGGUGCUGUGCGGACUUCAUCAGUGCAACGCGCAACGUGCAACGUGCAACUGUGGUUUUACUAAUUCGGAUAUCGAUACGAUCAUGUGUACUUAACGUGCUGCAUACUUGCGAAUUAUUUAGGAAUACUUCGAAGUGACUAUUCUCAUUGGAAUAAUAUUUGACAAUAUAUAAUCAAACAAGUGUAUAUAUAAAUAAAGGAGGAAAUAUUGUAACAAUCAUGGCUGCAGAUGCCGAGAAACAUCUUUCUAGCGACGCGGUAUUUAAAUUAAUAAACAAAAGGUUUAUAACGUUAAAUGAUGAACAAGUGAAAAGAAAUAAUGUUUAUUUACGGCAGGCAAUUCAAACCAUAACGGAACGUAUGGUAGCGAAGGAUCAAUUGUUCGCGAAAGCGUAUAAAGAAAUAAAAUUUUGUGGCAGUUUUUAUAAAGGUACAAAAGUUGGAGCACCAAAUGAAUUCGAUUUAAAUAUAAUUUUGGAACUUCCUAUUAAUUACAAUUAUAUAAGGUUCUAUUCGCCACGAGAAGGAUUUAUACGAAUAGAAAUAAACGAUACUAGUAACAUAUAUAAUUCGAAGAAGUCUAACAAGCUUUCGGAUAAAGAGAAGACGUCAAUCAAUAAAUUUAUUAGUGAUGGUCUUCUGAACCCAGACAAGUUUCGUAGUUGGAUAGAAGGAGUUAUGACUAAAGUUGUUGAUGAGUUACCGAUUUAUGGAGACAAACACCAUAUGACAGUAAACCAAGAAUCAUUCUUUUAUGCAAAAGUUGCAAUACACAAGACGUACAAGAGUGGUCCAGCAUUUACUAUAAAAUUAAAUAUACCAGGAGCAUCCGAAGAGAUGAGCGUUGAUUUAGUACCUGUAUUAGCUUUUGACAUAAAUGCAGUUAAAUUAUUUAUAACGAACUUCUCUUGGCUUGAAAAGUGUCGGAAAAAUCCGUGGUUUGCAGUACCAAUAGUAUCGAACGAUGCCAGUUCUUCUUUAAGCUGGAGACUUGCUUUCAGCCUUCAGGAGAAAGACAUCCUUACGAUGUAUGGUCAUUUAAAACCUGUUAUACGUCAGAUGAAGAAAUUACGAGAUACUCAAAACUGGGCAUGUUUGAAGAGCUAUUUUAUAGAGACGGUGUUCCUUAACAAACUGCAAGAAUUAGAUAAUACAGCCUUGAAGAGAACAUCAUUUACAUACCUUUUUUAUAAGAUGCUUAUAGAGCUAAGGGACGCAUGUAAGCGUCGUAGAAUAGACUAUUUUUGGAAUCCAAGUUUCAAUUUACUGGAGGCGAGUGGAUCGUUAGAAAUGAAUAACAUUGCUAAUCGUAUUGAUAACAUCAUAAAGGAUAUUAGAAAAAAUAUUAUGUCGCAGUCAUUCAUAUUGGCUAAAUAUAUCUUAACAAGAAAUGAAUUAAAAAUAUUAGCGGACGAAUCACAUUCAAGUGGAGAUAAAUACAUUGAAGUAAAACUACGAGAUUUAUAUGAAAUAACUAGUAAGAACGGGAUGACAGCAGAUGAAACUGAAGCUACGAGUGAACAACGAUGGACAUGUAUAAUAUCAUAAUUUAAUCAGUGAGUUCUUAAAAAUAUAUCGUAAGCUCCUUUGUACUAUCAUCUUUUAUUAUAAACUUUUGAAUACUUACAAACAAAUUUAAAGGUAUCAAUUUUACAUUUUUAAUAAAUAUAUACUAUAUAUCA